GAGCCAGGAUGCUGAGAGGGAGGCGCGACGGGGCCAGGAGGCGCGACGGGGCCAGGAGGGGCGCGACGGGGCCCCAGGGGGGGGGGGGGGGGGGGGGGGGGGGGGGGGCGGGGGGGGGGGGGGGGGGGGGGGGGGGGGGGGGGGGGGGGGGGGGGGGGGGGGGGGGGGGAGGGGGGGGGGGGGGGGGGGGGGGGGGGGGGCGGGCGGGGGCCUAGCUAGGGUACGGGCGGAAGCG